ACUUUUAUCUCCCCCCAGCAGAUAGUGUAUUUCGAAAGCAAAAGUAAUUAAUUAAUGCGAAUACAUAGGCAAAGGAGAAGCAUAAGUACGUCAUGUUACAAUGUUUGGCUAGCUAACUUUUAUAUGUUUAUAUGUUGACAUUACGCUUGUCACACAGAAAUAACAUAUUUGCUUGUCAGAUAGCAGCUAGCCUAACGUUAGCUAGUCAGCCAAAUAUGUUUGUUGGGUUAAUCUGCACUGUUUACAUGCCUGUACUAGUUCCAAUGACAACUAGCUAAUCGUUUCYCUAGCAUUUCAACACAUAGAAAGUUAGUUUGUUCACAUUGCUCAAGUUAAGUUAAGUGCAAUGACCGGUGCCUCCACUUUCAAGUAAUUGCUGGUCUAAGWGAUGUUCAGAUUGACUGGUCUGUAUAGUAUAGUACGCAGGGCAGUCUGCAAUGGCACAGAGGACAUCGUGAAAGGCAAAUUCUUCUACGCUGUGAGGAAAGGAUUCAAACCUGGCGUUUACAAAACUUGGGAUGAAUGUAAGAGCCAAGUUGACAAGUUCCCAUAUGCCAGCUACAAGAAGUUUGCAGCAGAAAAGGAUGCCUGGGCAUUUGUCAGAAGCCUAGCAACAUCGAUAACGCCAGACGUGUCAGAGGGAGCCAGCUAUGAGGCAACACUCCCUAGAAGAGCACCGGAGGCCCUUGAGUACAUACCCAUUGGUCAGAAGAGGCACUAUGAUCACAUAGACGAGGAGGAGAUGUCCCCUGCCAAACAGAGUCAAUACAGCAGCCCAUCUUCAAAAAGCUCUGAUGGAUUCACCUACAUUGGUGAUGCAGUGGUGGUGUACACAGAUGGUUGCUGUUCAGGCAAUGGGAAGRCCGGGGCCCGAGCUGGCAUCGGAGUGUACUGGGGACGUGACCAUCCUCUGAAUGUAGCUGAACCACUGGAUGGAAGACAGACCAACCAGAGAGCYGAAUUACAGGCAGCAUGUAAAGCCUUGGAGCAGGCCAAAGAGAUGAACAUCAAGAAGUUGGUGCUUUAUACAGACAGCAAGUUCACCAUAAACGGUGUCACCAGCUGGGUGAAGAACUGGAAGCUGAACAACUGGAGGCUCAACUCUGGUGGCUCCGUCAUCAACAAAGAGGACUUUGAAAAACUUGACAUGCUGAAUGAAGAGCUGGAGGUUGUAUGGUUGCACAUCCCGGGCCACGCUGGGUACCUAGGAAACGAGGAGGCCGACAGGCUGUCCAGAGCGGGAGCAGCGAAACACUUAGAUUAGCCAAAGGAAGAUCAUCUCAUUUACUGCUCCUGGGCAGUUCAUUCAACAUUUUGGAUUAUGGUUUUGAAUGGAAUAUGGGAAUGAUUAUAUUGUCUGUUCUGUUGGGCUUCCAUGUUCUAAAUGUUCUGAAAUAACAUGUCUUGUUUGACAUCUUUAUGGUUAUUUGUGCUUGUACAGUAUGAACAUUUCUUAAUAUUCCAAAAUCAUUCCAUCCUGAUUGAUGAAACGGUUCUGUAACCACUGUGUAAUGUACACUUCAGACAGUAGAUGGAGCUCUAGCUCAUUGAAACAAAUCCAAUACCUCGGAAUAGGACUGGCUCUCUAAAUUACAUUCCAUACUAGGUUCCUCUGUGGAAAGAGGAUUCCUCACAUAGAAGAUGGAUUUCUCUGGUUUCUAUGUGAGACGUGUGAGACGUGCUGCAUGCUUUAAGAUAAUCGGCACUUAUGACAUUUGUGUGUGUGAUCUAAGGAUUAUUUGUCUUGCUCAAAAGCCCGUCUGUUACUAGGGCUAGUGGUCACAUUAACGUUUCCCUAUUCUAAAGAAAAACAACACACCAUUCAAAGAUCAUCUGUUCAUGUAUGCUCUGACAUGAAAUGAUCUUGGUGAUAUUCUCUUUGACUACUUGGUGCACAAUUCCAUCUUCUCCACUUUACUCAGUCAGCUCUUGGCAGAUACUACUUAGUCUUUCAGUACGUGUCUCAUCCAUUCAGUAAGCUGGUGUCUAGACAGUGGGCCUAUACGUGUGUGAGGAAAAAUAAUGACAGCUCUAGCUGAGAGAGAAAUCUCCAUAUAGCCUUUCCCCUCUGUGAGGUUGGUGAUUGUAGAAAACCAGAGCAUCAGGAAUGAGUGUGCCUGUCUCUGACCUUAGCUGGCUGGCUUCUCCACGGCACGCUCCCGGCUUGUCUGGAGAUGUGAGGUCCUGCCUGGGGCUGGGUGUUGGAGAUACUGCGGCUGCAGUCGGAGGUCGAUGCGAGACGGGGUGGAGAGGGGUCACGGCGCUUCACCACAUCAGACUGAAGCUCGUUAGGGCUUCGUCUCAACACAUUUGCUCCAUCAGCAAAUAUGCUGCUCAGGCAUUCAUCUGUUUGACACCGUCUCUUCUAUUUGGCUCUUGUGGCUAACUAGCUCUUGUCGCCUAGUUGUUAGUUUCGCUUGCCAAGCUCAGGGCAGGUCAGUCACGGCGGAUGACCGAAGAGACUUCUGCGUUGGUUACUGUCAAGAGCACUGGGUGUUGUCUGCAUGAGUAACUCACAAUAAAAUCUAGAUUUGAAGAUGG